UCUUGUACAAUCUCCAAAGAAGAAGAAGAAAAGCAAGUAAAGUAAAAAAGAUGGACAAGGCAACGGUGGCACCCCAAGCUCCAUUGACUCGUGAAAGAAGGAUUCGAUCCGACCUCGAGGAAAAAUUGCCCAAACCCUAUUUGGGAAGGGCAAUGGCACCUGUGGACAUGGAUCAUCCACAAGGAACAGCAGGACGUGACAGUAAAGGAAUGAGUGUUCUUCAGCAGCAUGCUUCCUUUUUCGAUCAAAACAAAGAUGGAAUCGUUUAUCCCUGGGAAACUUACAGAGGUUUGAGGAACCUUGGUCUCGGUUUCAUAGAAAGCGUUUUUGCUGGAAUCAUCAUCAAUAUAGGGUUGAGUUAUUCCACACUCGAAGGAUGGAUACCAGAACUGCUUUUUCCCAUAUAUAUCGACAGAAUCCACAAAUGCAAGCAUGGCAGUGAUUCUGCAACGUAUGACACUGAAGGAAGGUUCAUGCCAAUGAAUUUUGAGAGCAUCUUCAGCAAGUAUGCUCGAACUGUGCCUGACAAAUUAUCAUUCGAAGAAGUGUGGCACAUGACCGAGGCGAAUCGGAACCAAUACGACUUCCUUGGCUGGAUAAUCUCAAAGGGCGAAUGGCUGCUUCUGUAUCGGAUUGCAAAGGAUUCACAAGGUUAUCUAGCAAAAGAAGCUGUAAGGGGAUGCUUUGAUGGGAGUUUGUUCGAUUAUAUUACUCAAAUGAAUAAGGCUAAGAGGAAUUAAGGUCUGCUGAUCGAACCACUGCACGCUGCUUGUUUGAAAUGUGUGUUUCAAAUAAACUUAUCCAAUGUAUUCGGACUAAGGUUUCAUCUUUUUCUGCAAUAAAUUUACUGUGUUAUUUUGUUUUUUUUAA